AUGGGACAAGGAUCCUCUUCUCUCCCUUCUUCCCUUCCGGAUCUCGCCCUCCAUUGCCUCCGCGUCGCCGACAACUCCCCCGUCGACGGACUCGUGGAACCCUACUUUGACUACCUUGUCGGUGUUCAAAUACAUUCCAGCCCCAACGAACCCACUUCCACGUCAUCACCAUCAGCAUUCAAGGGUACGGGAGAGAGAGAAGGGGGAAUAGGGAUAAAUGGUGUUGGGGAUGAUCAGGCGCUGAGACCAGAAGUGUUGGGGCGAAUAUUGGAGGAUAAUGAGGGGAAGCGUAUCGGGUUGAGGGUGUAUAAUGCUAAAUCUCAAAGAGUCAGGGAUGUGUACGUGACGCCGUCAAGAGCUUGGUCAGAAGAGCAAACUAGACAGAAUGGCGACCCCGACGCAAAGCCUUCCCUGCUAGGUUUGAGCUUGAGGGUGUGUAAUCCUGCUCAUGCUCUAGAGAGCGUGUAUCAUGUGUUGGAUGUUUUGGAGGGUAGUCCGGCUGAGAUGGCUGGUCUUGUACCCUGGGGCGACUAUGUACUUGCUUGGUCAGGCGGACCGUUACAUUCCGAAAACGAUUUCUACAAGCUUAUUGAAGGGCACGUCGACAAGCCUUUGCGACUCUUUGUCUAUAAUUCUGACCUCGACAAUCUACGUGAAGUAAUACUUUACCCCACAAGGCAGUGGGGAGGAGAAGGCCUUAUUGGAUGUGGUAUCGGCUACGGCCUUCUUCAUCGUAUACCACGUCCUUCGACCCCCCCUUCCGGCCCUGAUUCCGGGGCUGAUGGCUACUUUGGUAAUGGGGUAACGUCUGGAGUACUAGUCGGGGCAGCGUGA